AUGAAGUUUCAGCCCACAAAGCCCCAAUACAUCCUUGAUGAGACGGAACUCAAGCGCGCGAAUAAUACUAUUAAGAGUAUGAGCAAGGGCGUGGAAGGUGCCGAGGCGGACGAUGCUGAUGAAGGUGCAUGGGCCAAGUUAUGCGUCUGCAAAAGGUAUAAUUUAGAUGCAUAUGGCGAUACCAAUGUAAAAGAAGACGAACUUGAGAUCCUCCCAACAGAUUACCUCCUAGUCACUGCAAAGACGACGUCUUCUAUAAGGCUGGCAUUCCCACACCCCUCGACUGCUAUGUGCACAGAACCACCAAGGGCAGCCCUGCUUUUCCCGAUCCUCUCCUGCGGGUUCGGUGAACAAUCGCGUGACAGAAUGGUCAUCUUCAUAUAA